CGAAAAAUAAAUAGAGUGAAAAAAAGGGAAUUAACACGCUUCAUAGAGGAAUAGCAGCAAUUCUGCAAAUCGACCAACUCUUACCAUACACUACUAGUCAAUCUCAGCAGUUAGAGUGCACUCUACGCUACAGUAACAAGCAACAUGAGUAUGUCUACCACUCGAGUGUAUCUGGGCCGUCUGCCCAGAGACAUUCGCACACGCGAUGUUGAACGUCUCGUAGAUCGCUAUGGAAGAAUCAACGAUAUUAACCUUCGUGACGGCUUCGGGUUCGUCGAGUUUGACGAUUCCCGGGAUGCUGAAGACGCCGUUCGUGCCCUGGAUGGCAAAAGCUUUCUAGGAGACCGCAUCAUAUGUGAAUUUGCGAAAGGACGUCGCGAUCGCGACGCUGGAUUUGGCCGACGUGGAGACCGUGGUGCUCCUCGAGGAGGUGCCCGUUUCGGCCCCCCUAUCCGAACUGAUAACAGUUUGCUUGUAGAAGGAAUCUCAAGUCGCACCAGUUGGCAGGACUUGAAGGAUUUCUUCAGAGAGUACGGACCCGUUACUUUCGCUGAUGCCAAUAAGACUCGCGACGGUGAAGGAGUCAUCGAGUUCAGCAACUAUGAUGAUAUGCGUAAGGCUUUGAAGGAGGCCGAUGGCAGAGAACUAGAUGGCUACCGUAUCCGCCUCAGUGAACAGAGCACAAGCCGCGGUGGUGGUAGAGGAAGAAGCAGAUCUCGUAGCCGCAGUCGCAGUCGCUCUCCCCGGGGCGCUCGCAAGUCCAGAACUAGAUCCAGAUCCAGAUCCAGAUCCAGAAGCCCUGUCCGAAGGAGCCGAGACGUGUCGAAAUCGCCCAAGCGCGAUUCCCGGUCGCGCUCGCGCUCUCGAUCUCCCAGAAUGGAUGUUGACGACGAUAAGAAGCUCGGCGACAAAGAGGAUUCGAAGCGUUCCAGAUCACGCUCUAGAUCCCCCACGCCCAGGAAGGACAGCCCACGCUCCAGGAGUAGAUCCCCUGUAGCUGCGGAGGCCAAGGGUGAUGAAGGCCACAAGAGUGACUGAUGCGGAUAUUUUUUAAUGUUACACAGACUAGACUACGGCGUGGGUGCGGACUGGUGUAGAGAUACGGCUGCAUAUGGCUUCGAUUAGUAUCGCACACGCCACAGAACGUCAUCGAUUGAUUUAGUCGGCAGCAGACUAGGUGUGGAGUCUAGCCGACGUGUACCUGCGGUUGGGCUGCACAUAGUUAUCCCACGUAUUAAAUAAGAUUUAGGACAGAGUGAAGCG